AUGUUUGGACGAAAGAAGAUUGUUACGAUGAAGCCUAUCAAAAAAUUACCACACGGGACAGUUAGACAUGAACUUCAUAUAAAAAUUAAAGAUGGAGUUAACAAAGGAGAUAUUCUUCAUGCUGUUAAAUGUCCACCUGGGCAAAAUAUUAAUGAUUGGGUUGCUGUUAAUUGUUUUGAUUUAUUUAAUGAAAUUAAUUUAACUUAUUCAUCUAUUACAGCUUUAUGUACUACAACAAGAUGUCCUGUAAUGAAUGCUGGUCCUAAAAUGGAAUAUAUUUGGAUUGAAAAUAAUAAAUCAGUAAAAUUAAGUGCUCCAGAGUAUUGUGAAAAAUUAUUUACAUGGGUUCAAAAUUGUUUUGAUGAUACUUCUAUUUUUCCAGCUGAAUUUACAAGUAAACCACCAAAACAAUUUGCAGAAACAGUAAGGAAAAUAUUUAAACGAUUAUUUAGAGUAUACGCUCAUAUGUUUUAUAAUCACAUGGAACAUUUAGAACAACUUGGUAUUCAAGGAAUUACUCUUCGAGGAUUUAAACAUUUUUAUGCAUUUUGUCGUCAAUAUAAAAUGUUAGGAAAAGAAGAUGUUGUUCCUUUACAUUCUCUUGUUGAAGACUUAGAUAAAGAGUUUGGAUUCAAGUCUUUGUAA